UCUCGCGUGUUUUUGGAACAAAACAAAAGUCACGGCGCAGAGAGAGCAAACUUCGGUCGCAGGAAUCAUGGCAGACGAAGUGGCCAGACGGAGGGAAUUGCGGAGGAAAAAGAUCUUGGAGAAUGCCGAGGAGAGAAAGAGGAAGAUAUUUGGGUCAAACUCGUACCAGAACGCUGUCAUACAAAAUGGCGAAACUCCGGACUUGAAAGUGGAACCUACCCUCUUGGUUGAUACUGGAAGCCAGCCAAACACAAAUCAUAACCACAAUGCCACAACCAACAGAAACCAGCAGAAUGAUGUCUUUGGAUCAAGCCCUAAUGACCUUGAAACUUUACACAAUCUGCUGUCAACUCCUUCCCCGGGUCCGCAGAGUGCAAGUUUUUUGAGUCCACAAAGUGAGACUAAUUCCAAAGUCAUCACUUGCUUCACAUCACCUGUACCCUUGGCAUUGUUGGUCUGUCUCAUGUUGUACAUAGAUUUGGGCUAUGUGAUAUCAAAUAGCUUAGCCUUGCCUUUCAUCCUUUGGGAAGUUCACAAGAUGUGGUUGAAAAACUUCAGUGUAGAAAACACCAGUCGCUCAUUUAGCUUCUUGAACAUUGCAUUGAUGUUAUGUGGUAUACAGCAGUCAGCAAUAACUACAUAUUCCCAGAUUCUGUCACUAUUUACUUGUUUUGUUGAAGAUUUUGCCUUAUAUUUAUUUAUAGUUGUAUCAUGUUAUGUCAUGAUUGGAUUUUAGCACAUUUAGGCUUGAAGCCUAAGGAUACUGGUGGAGAAUUGUGGGUUUAUGCAGUCUGUGCAUAUAACUAUUUUUUUUCACUAAUCAAUAAUGUGGUUAUAAAAAGGAAAUAAACUUAUGCAUUGAGUAUCUAUGUUUGCACAUACACACACACACACACACACACACACAC